AUGUUGGGAACCAAGCGGAUAGAAAAAGCAGCAGGUGUCUUUGGAUAUGAUGAAGUAAAGCUGCUCUCAAGUGAACUGGAAGCUGAUGCUGGCAGGGCCGCAUCUGAUGCUGAUAGAAUCUACCAGAGUAGCCAGUUGCUGCUUGGCUCUCUGGCACGUUUACCGAAGGUUGACACAAGUUUCUUUCAGGAAGAGUCCAGACAGCUCCGGCAGAAAGCAGACUCUUUAUCAGACUUAGUGGAAAUAUACAUGGGAGAAUACAAACGGCUACAAGGCAACAUCCAAAACUGGGAGGAAGAGAUGAAAGAGCUGUUGCAAAAAGGACAAAAUGACAGACUGGUGUCAGUCCAACUGUUAUCUCGUGCCAACCUUGCCAAGAGUAAAGCCCAGCAGGCAAUGAGUGUUGGCAAUGCAACCUUUGAUGAAGUUGAUAACAUCUUGAAGAAUUUGCGGGAGUUUAAUCUUCAAGUAGGAGACAGGCAAGCAGAAGCCAAAGAUGCCAUGCAGAGGCUUCCUCGCAUCAGUAGUAUGGUUGCCAGUGCUAAUGAGAAGACAAGACGUGCAGAAGCAGCCCUGGCCACUGCUGAAACGGAAGCUGGAACAGCCAGGAGAAUGGCAGGAGAAGCAAAGGAGAUUGCUGGUGGCAUUAAUCAGGAGAUAGGACGAUUGGCUUUGGAAGCCAACAGAACAGCAGAUGGAGUGUUAGCCCUGGAACAAGAGAUUGUUUCUCUGCAGAAAGAGGCCAGAGACAUGGAAAAUGAAUUACAAAAGAGGGCACUGGAAAUUGACAUGGAUGCCACCAUGGCUCAGGAAGCUCUUCAGAUGUCACAGAGAGCCAAGGCAAAUGCUGGCAGUGCUGGGAGAGCUGUCCAAGACAUGCUCAGUGCCCUAGAAGGUGUUUUACGUAUGAUGGACCAGCCUGAGGCUUUGGAUGAACAAAGUGUGAACCUGCUUGAGAUGAAUCUCAGUAAAGCCAGAAUAAGACACAGUCAGUUGAAAGAACUCAUGUUCCAGAUGGAGCAAACAGCCAGCCAGCAGAAACGUAAGAUCAAAACACUGGAGAGAAGCAUUACAGAGAUCCUUGCAGAUAUCAAGAAUCUGGAGGAGGUACGGGAUAAUCUCCCUCCAAAGUGUUACAACAUACAACCCAUUGAGAGACCUUGAAGCUUUAUGAGGCAGGGGAAGCAAACUGUCACAUAUUCUUUUGCCAGCUCUUGGACGUAACAUCAAGAUCAGGCAGAUUAUAUGGGGUGAUGCAAGAGAUCCAGCCCUCUGAAAGCUGCAUGUGCUUCCACUGAAUAGACUCUUUUCAAGUUGCAUCACUGUUACAUCACUGCCGUGCAGCCAUUAUUUGGUUGGGACAACACUGAAAGAGAUAGUUAUUCCAGUUGACCAACUCCAGGGGAGAGAACAGUAAACAACCAAGCUGCAUAAUGAAGAAGGUGCCCUGACUUAGUAUGUGGACUCUGUCCAAAACUUGGAUCCAGUAGCUGAAUCUCAACUCUCUACAAUAUUUCAUCCGCCUCUGGUAUACAUUCUCCAGAAUUGGAGAAGGAUGGAUGUUAUACCUGAGGCUUGAAAGAGUUACUUUCUUGGACAGUAGUUCUCAGAAUCCUUAAGGCCCCAUGACCUGUGGCUAUGAAGGCUGUGGGACUGUGGGAGGUACAGUCCAAAAAGGUAAAUCUUCCAAGCACUUGUUUGCAUCCUGUUAAAUUAACUGUCCCAAGUUAUCAGCUCUUGUGUUACCAUGAAUAGCUCUUAACUUUCAUUUCUGCCUUUAGUAUCCCAGAAGAUGCUUUUUCUUAAAAACAAAACAAAACUUUACGUAAUAUAUCUGGAAGUUAUUAACAUUAAUAGAACAAAUGUAGCAUUCUGAAAGCAUAUCUGCACAACACAACUGGUUUAAUAGCCAUUAAUAGCCUAUUAAUUGGUUUAAUAGCCAGUACCUCAGCCCGGGGAUUCUGAGAACUAAUUCUAUAUGGCUUGGGUAGAGAUAUCGAAAUAGAGUGCUCCGUAGUUAGAUCAGACUACCACUCCCAGCAUCCUUUGGGGUGGGGAAAAAACUUUGAGUCAUUCUGUUCAGCUAUAUAAAUAGGUCUACCUUUCUAUAACUACCUUUCUUACUAUGUCUUUUGUUCAUUUGUUCCAGUUUUGCUGUUGAACAUAAUAAAUAAUAAUAAUAAAAUUUAUUUAUAUUUCCCACUUCUCUCUUUGGAUCGAAGCGUGAUUACAGCAGUAAAACAUCUUAAAAUACAUACAUAAUUCAUACAUACAUAAAACAUGUAGGGAUGGGGCAGCAUUUCUGGUUAAUGAGCCAAAUCUAGGUCCUGAAACGAUGGAACGAACUCCAGAGUAGUUUAAGUGGCUCAGGUGGCUUUGCAUGUCUUCAUGUUUCAGACAUGAGUCUAGCCGAAAUUACUUCUUAUGGGGAAGACAAUAUUAUACAGGGUUAUUCCGUUUUUAAAGUUUGUGUUUGCAAUAUUACAAUGUGUGUGUCCAACAAUUGUUCUGGAAUGUGCUUUUUUAAAAAGUGAUUCAGUUCCUUGCCCUCAAACAGUAUGUCAUAGACAAGUGUAAAGGUGCUACUAUGUAUUAUGUAUUAUUGAUGAGAGGGAAGGCCUAAUAAAUAAUGAACUCCCAUGGUUCAAGAAGGCUGCCAUGCUUAUUUCUUCAUUCUGUUUCCCAUUCUGGAGACUUGUGCGGGGGAACAGUUAGGGAAAAAAUUAAUCUGAAUU